CACUGACGAGGGAAUCGUCAUUGGGUAUGUCUAACAAUCGAAGUGAGAACCUCUCUAACCGCAAUCUUAGCGAUUCGCGCGUGCUGUACGGACCCCGGUCUGUAUUCCAGGCAAACCUGUUAACAACAACAGGCAAGGCGCUGGAUAUUCCAAUUUUAUCCGUUAAUGACAACAACUUCCCGGGUUCACCAUGUCCGAACGGAAACUUGACCACUUUCGGGCCGGAAUCCCCACAUCUGUACGACAUAGGAAUUGAGGAGCUGAAGAAAGCAUUUUUCGUCGUGAAUGGAGAAGAAGAAAAACUACAGUUACCUGACCUGGAUCCUAUGCUUGAGAACUCUGUAGAUAUAGACAAACUUUUAAACAGUCAGCUAAUAGGGGAGACAAAUUUGGAGGACUAUAUUUCUCUUGAUCUUGAGGGUGGUCACACCUCGAGCAAUUUAGAUACCGGAAACGAAGUUGUGAAUGAAAACAACCCUCGUACGGGUGUGAAGAAUUUCUAUCAAGUGUUCAACCUGAAUCGGAAUAUAUGCAGCAAGGACAGGCUGUUCAGGAUCUUUUGGGAAACUGAGACGACGGAGUGGCAACAGAUUGUCACGAUCAAGCCCGAGGAUUUGGGACUGCCCUCCUGUCAGUCUAGCGUUCUCCUCGAACCGGUCACUCGCCUGUUGACACCAUCAACAACGUGUGCGAGUGCCCCACCCACGCCGCCGCGUACUCCGGCACCCUUGUCGCCGACUCCAAGUACAGCAUCAUCUUCAUCGGAGCCAAUUUCACCUCGGGGUCCUCUCCCCCGGGGUAGACCGGGACGGAAACCAUCUGGUACCGGUCCAGUCAGGCAAAGUAGGAAACGUCAACUUGACAAGGAAAGUGACGAAUACAGGGAUAAACGUAUGAGAAACAACGUUGCUGUGAGGAAGAGCCGAGACAAGGCAAAACUUAAACAAGUCGAGACAGAAGGCCGUGUUGAUGGUUUGCUAAGUGAAAACGAGUCAUUACAAAAGAAAGUUGAACUUUUGUCAAAAGAACUGAACGUGUUAAAAAGUCUUUUCGUCAAUGUGGGCGCAGCUUUACCAGAGAACUUUCUUAAACUCAUCGCCGACAUCGGAAAAUCCUGACAAAGAAUUGACUCUUAAUUGUGUAUAUAGUUUAGCUGACUUUAUAAAUAUUUUGUAUGUUGAUAAUUGGUGUGUUUAUCGAAAUAGAAACAGUAAUGGCACUGAAAAAAAUGGCAGCAAAUCUUUUAAGUGUAAAUGGACAAAGUUAAAGUUGGACAGUUUCCAACGGAGAAAUGGAUAUCAUAUUCAACAUCAUCAACAUUAUUUACUACGGGACCAGCUAUGGACCAGAACUUUUAUACUGAAUUGUCGUGUGUUAUCGGUCUUAAACAGCUGUGAGACCUGCUGCAGACAAUUGCACGAACACUGUGAAAACAAAUAUAAAAGUGACAUCAACGUUAAUAUUUGUGCUGAAUGUUUUGCUGGGAACCAUUUACAGUGUUUCCAUGCUAGCUUUUCUACGUUUGGUAUACAAUCUAGUACAAUAUGUUAUAUAAAAUUUGAUAAAUCAAUAUAUAUUUGUUUGUCUUUAUUCACGUGCAUUAUGUAUUGAUGCAAAUGGAUACAAGAACACUCUGGUGGUGGCCAAUAAAUUUAUUUUAUCUUUA